CUGAGGUAUUACUUAUGUUAACAAAAUUUCAGAGGCCAAAGAAAACUUAGUACGUAAAACUCAAGCAGCUCAACAGGCAAAAAUUGGAUCUUCACAAUGUUCCUGAGACCUGUGUGUCUAGUGCUGUUGGUUGCCUGCCUCGCUGUGGCCGAUGACAGUGACGACCACCGUGACUCACGCGGUGAAAUUGUGCAGUGCAUCCCACAUGAGUGCAACAAGCCCUGCAACCCUCCACCAUACUACUGCCCCUCAGGAGUUGUAAAGAACUGUGGUUGCUGUGAUGUAUGCUGGAUACACUUGAAAAAUGGAGAAAGCUGCCACAAGAGAGUUCCCGAAAACACAAUGUGCGGGCCACAUUUAGUGUGUGGUUCUAGAGGUGCGUGUGUGCCCCUGGCUAGAGAAAAUGUGGAAGAUGAUGAAGACAGCUCCGACAGCUCGAACAGCUCUGAGUAAGACCCUGCAUACAAAAAAGCAAUGCCGUGCUUGCACGUAACUUCUAUAAGUUUUAAUAUUUUUCAGGAAGAUGAAGUUCAAUGUAACUUAUAGAUAAUUCUGAAAAUAAACCAUUAUAAGUAUUA